AUGCAAGGAUUUAAUAAAUACUAUCCUCCUGACUACGAUGGCGAGAAACAUGGUAGUCUCAACUCAUACAGAGGGAAACACGCCCUCGGAGACAGAGCACGAAAAAUCGACCAAGGAAUCCUAAUAACUCGCUUCGAACUUCCCUUCAACAUCUGGUGCGGGACAUGCAACAAUCACAUCGGAAUGGGCGUCCGUUACAACGCAGAAAAGAAGAAAGUCGGAAACUAUUACUCUACCCCAAUCUUCUCCUUUCGGUGCAAAUGCCACCUCUGUGACGGCUGGUUCGAGAUCCAGACCGACCCCAAGAACACUCGAUACGUCGUAGUCUCGGGAGCCCGGCAAAAGGACGAAGACUGGAAUCCGGAGGAAAAUGGCGGUUUCGCCGUUCACGGCAAGUCCCAGGGUGCUGCGGCUCCCGUUGAUCCCCUCGCUGCUCUUGAGAAAACUACCGAUGCCCAAAAUCACCUGACAAACGUCCAGGUACCUAGGCUCGAAUCACUUCAGACAGCCUCGGAACAUUACAACGCGGAUCCCUAUGCUCUUUCGUCCAAAGUCCGCAAAGUGUUUCGUCACGAAAAGAGAAUCGAAACCGCUAAGCGGAAAGCAGACGAUGAGAUCAAGGGCCGCUAUGCUCUUCCAACAGAGAUGAAACUCCUAGAAGACGACGAACAAUCUCAUAAUCAUGCCAAAGAAGAAUGGCAAAGGAGCCGCUCCGAAUUCGAGGCGAGGGAGAGAAAGCGGAGAAAGAUACCAGUCGGCUCCUCCCUCACUUUACCCACUUCAAACUCCAAAUCCCAAACCAUCACUUCCCUACGUGCUCGCAUCUUAGGCAACACCGCAAAAAACUCCACUAAACAUCCACGUCUAUUAAUGCCCAAGUGAUUGUACACGGUUUUACUUUUAUUCUCUAACUGUAUCCAUAGUCCAUUACUUUACAUCUGUAGCCAAUCCCAACCAAUAUAUAUAUUUAAUGACAAGCAUGGGACCAGUCGACAAGAAAUCGAUAGCGAGUAAAACAACACGUAGCAAUACACAGAGCAGGAUGGGAGGAGAUAUUCAAGAGAAAAGAGUAGUACCGACAACAGAAAUCGUUGGAAAAUAGAAAUGAAAUA